AUGGCAGUGCCAGCCACAAAUCUGGGGUCCAGGACACUGCCUCCCCGCGACCGCGUUGUAACUGGUCCUGAGGGCUUCCCUCAGCUCAGCCAGGGCGCCUUUGUCCUCCCAGGCCUGACAAACCUGGAGAAUAGCUCAUCCCUUCCCAUCCUGGAGGGGGCUAUCCUGCGUCUGGUCUGCGCUGCUGACAGCAACCCCUCGGCCACACUGAGCUGGGUCCUGGAGGACAGAGUCCUCUCUUGUUCCCGCCCUUCAAGCCCGGGGGUCCUGGAGCUGCCCCGGGUGGAGGCUGGGGACUCGGGGCUGUACACCUGCCGGGCUGAGAACAGGCUUGGCUCCUGGCACCGCUCCCUCGUCCUGUCUGUGCUGUACCCGCCAGAGGACCUGAGGGUGAUGGUUUCCCAAGCAAACGGGACAGGUAGGAGCAACAAGGAGGGCAGGGCCUCCCGCCAGUGGGCACAGGUGGCGAGGAGGGUCGCCCGCAGCAACCCCCCAGCCAGCCUGAGCUGGGCCCGGGGGAACCAGACGCUGGGUCCCUCCCAGCCCGGGGGCCCUGGGGUCCUGGAGCUGCCUCGGAUCCAAAGGGAGCACGAAGGAGGAUUGACCUGCCAGGCCCGGAACCCGUGGGGCUCCCAGCAGGUCUCCCUGCGCCUCCAAGUGCACUACCCCCACCCCCACCCCAACCCCCCCGCAGCUGCUGGGCCCCUCUUGCUCCUGGGAGGCCCAGGGGUUGCACUGCAGCUGCUCCUCCAGAGCCUGCACAGCCCCCUCCCUGCGCUGGAGGCCUCCCAUCAGGACUGCCCAUCAGGAGGCCUUCUGGACCAGACCACCUGCCUCCCACUGCAGCUGACCCCACCUCCAGGGAAAGGGAGGAGCUCCACUACGCCUCCCUCAGCUUCUACGGGGCCUCGGGAACCUUGGGACCCCAAGGCCACCAGCAGCACAGAGUACUCAGAGGUCAAGAUCUGCAAGUGCUGA